AUGAGGGUGAAAGGUUCUGCACCCGAGCAGCCCCCACCCCCAACCCGCCCCUAUCAAGGCGUCCGUGUCAAAGAGCCCGUAAAGGAACUCCUAAAGCGAAAGCGUGGCAGUGUUCAGAAUGCAAACGUGGCCACAGCUGGGGCAGCGACGACGGUAUUUUUUCCCCAUCAGCCUGUCCCUUCCUAUUCACCCACUGGCCAAGUCUGCACAGAUUCGGAUUUUGUCACUUCUGCACUGCCAGUGAUGGAUGAUGGGUCGCUGUAUUCCGGUUGGUUAACACAACCUUCUCCAGCCUCUCUGCAGCCUUUGACCCAGUGGACCACCUACCCAGAUUAUGUCUCACAUGAAGCUGUCAGCUGUCCUUAUUCAGCGGACAUGUAUGUCCAGCCCAUGUGCCCAAGUUACACACUCGUCGGAACGUCUUCGGUGCUCACUUAUGCAUCUCAGCCACUGAUCACAAACUUUGCGGCAAGACCCACUUCCACACCAGCUGUUGUGCCUCACUUGGAUGUCAUGGACCAGCAAGCUCCUCUGAGCUACUUCCCAUGGACUCAGCCUAUUUCAACAUUACCAGCGCCGUCCCUGCAGUACCAACCGGCUUCAACCACCCUCCCUGCACCCCAGUUUCUGCCUCUUCCCGUUUCAAUCCCAGAUCCGGUCCCCGAGGAGCUGGAGGACUCAAGGAAGGAAAUGGGCCCCCUGACCAUCGAGAAGCUUCUUCUGCAGGAUGAAAACAACAGCACAUACGAUCUGAGCAACAGCCUCCCAGUCGAAGGUCUUUAAAGCCAGAGUUUCGGCAUACCGGGAUAGCUUGAAACGUCUCAAGUCUUUGUGGCUCAAGGACAAGCCAGCUCUCUCUCUCUGCGUCUCUCCUUAGGGUGUGAAAACCCGGUUUGUCUUCUGUGUGCUGAGCCCCUUUCCAUAUUGCACAUGCAGAGAAAUAGCGGUUUAUCGGGGCGGUUCUUCAGCACCCGUGUUUUGGCAAAAGAAAUACAGCAGCCCAGCUCCACAAGUAGGAAUACCACACUGUGAAUAGGCUCUU